UUUUGAUAAAAAAAAAUAAUGACCACCGAUGAAAGAAAUUUUCGUUCUUCUUAUUAUGAAAAAGUUGGCUGCCACAGUGUUGAAGAAAAGAAAUCCCUUAAUAAAUUGCUGCAGGAUAAUAUACGCAAUCAUGUGAAAUUAAAACAAUUUUGUUUAAGCUACACCGUACCCACCACUCAUCGUAGUCUGUUGUGGAAUAUUAUAUUGGGUGUCAUGCCACUGCACAAAAACUCUACGGAAUACAUAAUGGAGCAACGUAAGGCCGUAUACGAUGAUCUCCUCAGAGCUGUGACCAUAAUGCAGUAUGUUAAUCAAAGUACGCCUAAAUGUAAAGUUCUGCUGAGUAUGUGGCAACUGGAGCAGAACUGUCUAUUGCAUGCCCACAACAAUAGCGACAAAAUGGAAAUUGAUCAAAAUUUCAUCGAAAUUGUUAAGGUUUUAUUGCAAUUAUUCGAUGAUGAUGUUGAGACUUAUUGGUUGGCUAAAGAGUUUUAUGCCUGUACACGAGAAAUACAACAGGAGUGUGGAAAACUUAAGGAAUUGACUCAAAAUUUGCUAAAGAAGGAAGAUAGCCAAUUGUGCAACCAUUUAGACAAUUUGUCAGUUUUUAGUUCUAAUGAUCUUUUGGACAAAUGGUAUGUCACUUGUUUUGCUGGUGUUAUCAAUGAAUCGAGUUUAGUUCGUGUUUGGGACAAAAUAUGUGGUGGUUCCAAAAAGAUAGUGGUAUUUAUAUUUUUAGAAUUGGCCAAAGCUUUAAGUGAGAAGGCUUUGAAAUGCAAUACCAGGCAGGAGUUUAAAACUCUAGUAGAACAGAUUAAGGAUCCCGAUGCACUAAUCGUCAAUAAGGCUAUAAAAACAUGGCAGAAUAGCAAUCAACACAGUGAGAAAAUAACCGUACACUAGCCGUACAUAGAAUUCUAAGUUUAAAAUUUAAUUUAUUAACGAUUCACUUAAAUAUAUUUGAAAACAACA